AUGGAGAAAUCUACAAUAACAACAGACGAUUCCGAAGAGUCCCGCAAUGUCCAACUCCCAACGCCUCCAUUUGACAAGGUCGCCGAAGCUCGAAUACUGAAGAAGCUAGAUUUGAAAGUUCUACCGAUCUUAUGGCUUCUCUAUCUCGUUUGCUUCGUUGAUCGUAGUAACAUCGGCAAUGCGAAAAUUCAGGGCAUGGACCAAGAGCUUGAAUUGAAGGGACAAAGAUACAACAUCGCAGUGUUUGUGUUCAAUAUCGGUUAUCUUAUUGCGGGUGUGCCAUUGAGCAUAUUAUUCAAAAAGACGGGGCCCAAAUCAUUGUCUGUCAUGAUGUUUUGCUGGGGCAUCACAGUGAUUGGCUGUGGUCUCACGAAAAGCUUCGCUGGCCUUGUAGUGUGUCGUCUACUUGAAGGCAUGGCUGAAGCGGCUUUUGUACCUGGAGCCGCCUAUCUGAUAGGAUCUUACUAUAGAAGGAAUGAGUUUUUGCGACGCUACGUUGUUUUCUUCAGCGCGGGGAUUUGUGCAGGUGCUUUCAAUGGCUUUCUGUCUUCCUUGAUCGCGAAAAUGGAUGGUGUGUCCGGUUACCAAGCUUGGAGAUGGAUAUUCAUCAUCGAAGGGUGCAUAACAAUUGCCAUCAGCUUUGGAUCAUGGUUUCUCAUUGUUCCUUUCCCCGAAGACUGCACAUUUUUCAACGAAAAAGACAAGGCACUUCUUCUUGCCAGGCUCAAGGAUGAUGGAGGGGCAGUGGCACACGACAAUCUCCCGAUAAAGCGCAUUCUCGAUUUCUAUAGAGACUGGAAGAUCUGGAUCGCCAUCUUGAUCUAUCUCGGUGCAGCGGAAAACGCCAAUUCCAUUACGAGUUUCCAGCCGACCAUCCUCAAAGGUAUCGGAUAUACAUCCACGGGUGCUCAAGUCCGCACUAUACCUGUAUACCUUGUUGCUGCGGUAUAUUCCAUGUCACUCGCGUAUACGGCUGAAUAUCUUCAAAGGCGCUACGUCUUCUUCAUGGUCGGCUACUGCACGAUCGCGACUGGCCUUAUCGUCGAGAUUAUACAACCUCGCUCUGCGGGCGUUCGGUAUAUGGGGUUAUUUUUCAUGACUGCCGGUGCGUAUCUGAACAUGCCAAUGUCAGUCGUCUGGAUCGCCAUCAAUGUAGGCAAAGGCUACAAGCGUUCUGUUGCUCUAGGUUCAAUCGUCUGCUUUGGAAAUGUAGGAGCUUUCGUUAGCACGAAUGUCUUCCUGAAGCGGGAAGAGCCCAGGUAUCACACUGGCUUUAGCACUGGGCUUGGGCUCUGUUCGAUGGGAAUGGUGGCAGCUACGAUCAUGUUUGUCGGAUGUUAUGUUGGUAACAAGCGGAGAAAUGAGAGGCGAAAGGAACUACCAGAUGUUCUGGACGAAGGUAGCAUUGAGGAUUUAGGGGAGAAACACCCGGAUUUCAGAUACUCACUUUGAGUGGAAGUUCUGACAUGAAUCGACUGUUCUAGGCUAG